GUUCGAUUCCAACCUUCUCUCGUCGCAUGCCUUCGUCACUCCACCCAUGGCGUGCCAUUCACCCUCGCUGAAGUGAUGUCGGCGACCGAGACACCGAAGGCGAAGCCGGGUGGACCUCCCGAGGAGGAUGGCACCGCCGCCCAUGAGGGAACAGAAGAUGUUGGACUUGAAGAGGCUAUACCGGUGCAUCAGGCCCAUCCAGGGGGUGCUGAAGUGGAGGAGACUGCGCUGCAGUCAGCGCAGGAUGCUCCGGACGAUUGCGAGGUCGCCAUCGGGGGUGAAAGCCGCGCGCAGGUGGUGCCCAACUCCAGCAUGAAGGCACAGGUCCCUGCGCUGAGUCUCGACCGGAAGGAGGCUGGGCUCCACCCUCGCAGCACGGGGCCCACCAGCAUGGCAGUUCUGGUGAAGGAGGCAGUGCCGAAGGCGGACAGGGAGCUGGUGAACUUGGAGGUCAAAACCCACGUGGUUCUGCUGGGUGACAGCACUUUGGACAACGAACGGUACUUGGACGUAGAUGCUGGAGAUCAACCCGUGCGCAUGCAACUCUCCAGGAGGUGUGAGCAGAUGCAUUGGGAAUUCACGUCCUUGGCGGCGGACGGCUCGACGCUGGAGGAUGUGGCCAUUCGUCAAGUGCCCAUCAUCCCCGACGACGCCACGCACCUGGUCCUCUCGGCCAGUGGCAACGAUUUGCUUCGACUCCUCAACGAGGUGGCCUCCUCAGAGUUCUCGGUGAGCUCCUUGUACCAAGCGCUCACCGAAGGACUCCAAGAGGUCUCCCGCAAGUACCGACGCAUCGUGGAAUCGAUGGCCUCCACCGGGUGUCACAUCGCCUGUUGCACGGUCUACCAGCCCAACUUCAAGAACAGCUGGCUCAAAGCACUUGCGGCUGGAAGCCUUUCGUACUCUCCCUCCCACCGGCUUUGCGAGAGGGUGCCGGGUGGACCAGAAGGGUCUUUGGGUUGGUGGGUUGGUUGGUCGGGCACGCGAGGGGAGCGGGUGGGUCCUGCUAGUACAAUUCUGCCUCUCAAAAUACAUCAUGCUAUGUAGAAGAGCACCUCAGUCAGGACAGAAAGAUGUUUUUUGCCUGGCGGACUUGAGAUGCUGCUGAUCGAAGCAUUGACCUGCAGACAACCUGCAUCGCGAAGCAAGCCUACUUGUCCGGC